CAAAAAUAGUCCUUUUCUACUGCCGCCAAUGGUUCACAAUACAACGCUCAGCGCGGCGUCUACCUCACGUUUCACACAAUCCGCGCCAUCCAUAGAAAGAUCACUUUCAUGACUCACUCUAACAUAUUAUCUUCAAACAAAACCUUGCACUGUAAAGACAGCACAUUGAGCCCCGCAACAUCCACGACAACUCAACUUACGACACAAACGAAAAUUCAAUCAUUGAAGCCUGCAGCUUAUCGUACGACCUUGUUCAUAUCAUGCGUCAAAGUAGGCUGAACGACGCUGCCAUUGCUCUGGACCGAGUACUGGGUCAUGCACAAAUCCGAUUCGGGAUCUUCGGCGGAUAUGCUAUCGGCGCAUUAGGGGGUAACCGAGAGAGCAAGGAUAUCGAUUGUGUCGCAUCCGUCACAAAGCAGCAGAUCAUCAACAUUCUUGACAAAAAAGAAGGCUUCGAAGCAGUCAUGCAGAGCCGCCAGGACUACGUUGCUUUUCUAUGGUCCGAUAAACCUAACCGUGAAGGUGCUGUAUUAGUCGAGAUAUUUUGUGAGCAAUUUCCAGGAGCGCGGUAUUCAAUGCGUAACGCCGAAGUAAGACCAAUCACUAUCAAUGGCGAAGGGCUUGGCCAGGGAUCGUCCAAUUUCUUCGAUCCUGUGUACAUCUUCAAGGGGAAGCUCCGCGCUGCUGCGUUGCGAAAAAAGUUUCAUGACUCGGCAGACCUACGAUGGAUCGAAGGGCGUUAUAGUGCACAGAUUCACGAGCGACGUUCUGAACUAAGUAUGCUGUACAUCGGUAUUGCUUUGAAACGAUACCCAGAGCUCGAUCUGCUGUUCACACGACUUGGUGUCGACGUCGAGGCUUGUAAGAAGGCCGCAAAUGAGGUAGAUCUGGAAAAAUUACCAGCACCAGCACCAGGUGAUGUUCAGGGUGGUAUACUGGGCUGAUAUAGCGCAUUAUGGAAUAAAUCAGUCCGAUUGUGCAAGGCCAAAAUGGCUAGACAGUACAAUACUCAUACCGCACUACCAUUUCGAUGCGUUGGUUGUUACAUUAUUGUCCCAAUUCCUUUACUGUUGCUUCUUCUGAGCCG